AUGUGCAACCGGGUGACGUGGUUGGUGGUGACCGUGUUCCUGACCGCCGGGACAGUGCCACUCCUUCUGACCGAAGGUGCCCGGAUCCUGGCCAUCUUUCCAUCGCCAGCGCGUAGCCAUCAGAUCGUAUACCGGGCGUACCUUGAGGGACUCAUCGAAAGGGGCCAUCAGCUCACGGUCAUGACGACGGAUCCAUUCCCGACGGCGCACCCAAACGUAACGAUCAUCGACUGGAGCUUCGCCUACCAGAUCAUUACGGACAACUUCGACGUGGUCGAUAUGAAGCAACGGAAUAUGAACUUUUACCAAAUCGCGAACCGGUUACGCCAGAUAACCCGGUUGUUCCUGUCCGCCCAGUUGGCCCACCCGGAGGUGCAAGCCUUGAUCCACAGCCGAGAUGCGCACUUCGAUGUGGUGAUCGUCGAGUACUAUCAGUUUACGCCGAUGUACGCGUUCGCCGAACUAUUCGCCGCCCCACUAAUCGGUAUUACGUCGAUCGAUUCGAUGGGCAUGUGCCACGAGGCGAUGGGCAAUGUGAUGAAUGUGGUCGCCCAUCCGGAGAUGAACCAUAAGUUUACGAAGGAGCUAACGUUCCUGCAGCGUGUCGAGGCGGUUAUUUCGAAUCUCGUCAUCAAGUACCACAUUAUGCCGACCGAUUUCAGUACGUUCGAUCGGUUGAUCGAGCAGCACUUUGGUAGCAAUAUGACACGGUCGGCGGAGCUGAUGAACCGGGUCGAUUUUCUGAUGGUCAACGCAGAACCGGCACUUGGAUACGUUCGCCCAAUCUUACCAAACACGGUGCAGCUCGGCUUUUUGCAUGUUAAACCACCGAAACCGCUUCCGUUGGAGUUGCAAUCGUAUAUGGACGCAUCGGAGCAUGGUGUGGUGUACUUCAGUCUCGGGACGCUGAUCCGCAGUGAUUCGCUGAACCAGCACAAUCUGAACCUAUUCCUGGAGGUGUUUAAAUCGCUCAAAUAUGACGUCCUGUGGAAGCACGACGGUGAGCUUGAUCUCAACGGUACGACCAACAUCCGGAUGGUGCGCUGGUGUCCACAGCAAGAUGUGCUCGCUCAUCCGAAGGUGAAAGUGUUCGUCAUGCAGGGCGGCCAGCAGUCGAUGGAGGAAGCGAUCGAUCGGCAUGUGCCGCUCGUCGUCAUUCCCUUCAACUUCGAUCAGUUCGGCAACGCGGACAAGGUGAUCGAUCUCGGUAUAGGGCAGUCGCUCUGGAUGGAGCGAUUAACGGUGGAGCGGCUGCGCAAUCGCAUCAUCGAGGUGGCGACCAACCAACGGUACAAGCGUAAUAUCGUGCGACUUGGUCGGUUGGUACGCGACAAACCGAUGCGUCCGGUCGAGAAGGCGGUCUGGUGGACGGAGUACGUCAUUCGGCACAACGGUGCCGACCAUUAUCGGUACGCGGCCGCCCGAAUGCCCUUCCUACAGUAUCACUAUUAUGACGUGGCAGCCGCUGGCCUACUGCUCGCUAUCAUCGUUCUAACGGCGUUGGCCUACUUCGUACGGAGACUUUUCAUCAAAGUGGGACAGAAGCUGGCGCUCCAGUUCGCUGGUUUGCAUCGCCGUUGGUUAGCGACGAGUGACGUGGUGAUGAUGAAGGAGAAGACACUUUAA